AUGACUCCCUCAAGGCGACACUCGCGUGGUGCCGACGAUAUUGGUCUCUCAAAUUCUACCGCGAGCCUCUUUAUGGGUGCUGCGCGGAAGAAUAAGAAUUGGAUGCUAGCUCGCUCUUCUCUCCCGACCUGCUCACUGCACGCGAUGCGUCCCCCGGCCGCCACUCCUGACAUUCCUCUUGCUUUGCCCGUUUCUGCUCCUCUUCCGGAUUCAACUUCGGCCCUGGAACUCAACAAACAUGCUCAUCCCCAACCGCCCGCUAUUGAUGCUGCAGGCCCGUUGAUGUCUCCCGUGACCCCGGGCGCAAAUCUGCCCGCUCCCUUGCAGAUUGCCUCCCAUCAACAACCUCAACUUCAACCCCAAUCAGAUAUCCCACCACCUAGCCUACCCUCCCCCGUCCUAAGCGCGAGCUCUCUUUCCACCACCGAUAUCCCUCCCCCGCGCCCUCCAGGAGCAACCCUGUCCGACAACAACCAGAAAGAGAAUGGGACCUCUAGACCAGACCAACUCGACCUCACACCCCCCACUCAACUCUCCCCCAUAGCAACGUCUACCCCGGCAAAUGCAAAUGAAAAUGCAAAUUUGCAAUCCGAUACCCACUCCCCUCGCGGACCUUGGCAGGAGCCUGUGGUGUCCAGUCACCAACCUCAUACAGCCCCUGUUCUUACUCAAGUCAAUAACACAGGCGAUUUAAAUUGGCUGGGAUGGGAGCCCGAGUUGAAAGUUCUUCUAGAAGUCGGUCAAAGAUCAACAUCGUCUGUUAACUCUAGGACAAUUUUGCUGCAAAAGGCUUUCCUUUACCGGGAUCACUUCUACCUCGUAUUGCACCAGGUACACUGCCGAUGGACUGCCUCAGGAUAUCAGGAUUUCCCAGAAUUCCAACCAGCCAUGCGACAAGGAUUCAGGAAACUAAACGAGCUUCUGAAGGAUAACGCACUGAUACCACAUGAUGUCAUGUCAAGAUUUGUCGCCUUUCCUCGAAAAUAUGAGGAUCUGAAGGACGCGGAUUGGUAUCGCCUAGACUUCAAGUUGCUCACCAUUGUACUCCCACGCCUCUCAAAUUACUUCAUAUACCUUGCGGACCGAAUCUCUCAGGGUUUCUAUCAUCAUCGGCGUUAUCCACCGCUCAUGGUUGAGAUGAGGAAGGAAUUGCAAGUUACAUCGCCUGUCCUAUUGGCCGUGAUCUUUACAUCGACAUGUCGACAUCUUUAUCAGGACACGUUUCUUCCGGUUCUGCAUACCUACUUUGAAAAAGACAUGGCGAUGACUUAUGCCGAUUCCGAGAAGUUCAGAAAUGACUUGAUCCAAAAAUUUCAACGCAUUCCUAUGAAGCCGUUUGAUACAGCGCCACACUUUCAGCUUGCGCCACUAGCCCGGCCACAAAGUACUGUGCCAUGUCAACCGGCCGCUACCGUUACCUCUACCUCUUCACCCGUGUGUCUCAGAGUCCUCAGCCGCCGACAGUCACAACUCCGAGGCCUCCGUAUACAUCGCCAUAUGUGCCAAACACUAUGGGGGGACCCUCGGAUGUUGCAGGCACCCUCAGGACAUAUGCAGCAACCGACACAGAUGCAACGACCAGGGCCCAUUUACUAUUGGAACGGACAGCCCCAACCUCCUUCCGUCCAGCAGCCUGCGAAUAUGCCAACACUGGCCCACCAUGUGCCACAAAAUGUCAAUCAACUGCAUAACGAGCAAAAUAGGCAAAACCAUCUGUUCCAAAUGGUUCAGGUUUCCCAGGCGCACCAGGCGGUUCAGGGUCCGACACAACAGCUUGCCACCUUUCCGAAUAUGUCCUACCCGCAACAGGGUGUCACAUACGCGCCUUUCCACGUGUCUCAGCUACAGGCACAGUCUACUGCACAGAAUCAGCAUCAACUACAAAUUAAUUCCAGUAAUCUGCAGCAGAUGAACUCGAUAGGUCACCCUCAGCUACCCUCGUCUAUCCAACAGCACCAUGGUGGUCCGAGCCCUUCACAGAUCCGCCAUUCCCAACCAGUCCGCCAACAGAGAGUGGCAUCCGUACCGACAAUCACUACACCCACGGUGUCCUUCGUCUCACCUCGUUCUGCCCAAUCACCACCCAAUUCUUUACUUCCAGCUUUGGGAUAUAGAAUGCCGCAGUUGGUGCAGCCGAACCCGAUGCGGCUAAGCCUACAUCAGGUUGAUCUUCUUGACCCGAUCAAGAAACUGGUCCAUCUGGAGUCUAACGUCAUGGAUGGGAAAGAAUUAUAUCUCUUUAUGAAUGGCUUUGCCAUGCCACCGAAGUUCAUGGGCUUGGAAGAAAUUUCCUGCAACUGGACCUUCCAAGUGUCGGCACUGGAUAUGAAGAGGGCCACACGCCUUGUAGAAGGUAAACCAGGGAAACGACCGACCGUUUGGUAUCAAGAGGGCUGCCUAUCUCUUCGCUUGCGAGCGAUCGCACUGGGAAGCCUUGACAAAGACAAAGUUUAUGACACGUGGCCGACUGCAAAUACCGUUUGGCCAAGUGUGUUUUACAUCCACAUCAACGGCACGGAACUCUUUGUUCGCCGCAAAAACCACAAUGGCAAGGACUCUCCAUUGGAUAUCACUCCACAUAUUAAAGAAGGCGAGAAUACUCUUUCACUUCACUUUCUCUUGGAGCCUGGCGAAUGCAAGAAACACCGUUAUGUCUUCGGAAUUGAACGCAUGGAUACCCUAGGGUUCGACCAAGUGCGACAACAAGCGUCCAUCUCGCCCGCCAAUGAUACUCUCCAGAUAAUCCAAAAACGGCUAUGCCCAACCACAGAUAAUGACGAGUUGGCCGUUGUCUCUGAUAGUCUGACUGUCGGCCUGAUUGACCCGUUCAUGGCGCAGGUCUACAACGUCCCCGCUCGCUCUGUGCACUGCGACCAUUUGGAAUGUUUCGACCUCGACGUAUUCAUAAACACACGGAAAUCAGAGUCAGGUCUCGGGCCAAUGAAUGACAAUUGGCAGUGCCCGAUAUGCAAAGCAGAUGCUCGACCAAUGCACCUUAUCAUUGACGAAUAUUUCGUCAAUGUCCGCGAAAAGCUCAUCUCUACUCACAAACUAGAGGGCACUGUGGCGAUCGACGUCCGAGCCGAUGGAUCAUGGGCGACAAAGGUUGCUAUCGACGAGCAUUCCGACAAACAUGCCUCCGGCACACAGUCAGUCAAACGCAAGGCCACUAGUCCCCUGGACCGGGAAGCGUCUCGCGCCAAGCAGGAACCCUCACCACCAAUCACGAAUACAGAACACACAGUCAUUGAAAUAGACUAA